CCCUAGGUGACACUCGAGGACCCUAAGCCGGAAGUUAACUUUUCACAGUCAAACACAGCGGAGAUUGUCGACUCCCUCCCCCGCGCCCCUUCACUCGAAGGCGGCACCUCAAGAUCAAAUGCCCCAGCAUUCCACCGGGAACUGGAACGAUCCCUCGCUCUGCGCAACCAUGAGCGCUCACCGCCACAGAUCACGCAGCCAGGAUUGGCCACUACAAUCUUCAAGCACCAAUCCAAAUUUAAUCGGGGCGCCAAUGAUGCCCGGGGCCGUAGACCCCAGACGUUUGUUCCUCGACCAGGCUGAGGCGAAAAUGCCAGACAAGAAGGAGGGCGGAUCGACCGGGUCGGGUUCGCCCGCGAAGGAACCAUUUCGGCCCAUCGGGGUCAGAAAGGCGCGAGAACUCGCCAUGAUGGCCCGACAAAAGCUAGCCGAGCAGGAACGCUCCUCUGUCGCGCAGGGUUCGCAGCAGUCAGCUACAGCGUUGGGCAAAGCCGCCACAUCCGCCGAAGCUUCCCAGCACUUCAAGCCGCUGGCAAUACGGACCUCACGACGUCCCGGUGUGACCCCACCACAAGACACAAUCGAGCGCUCAGCUGUCGCGCAGAGCGCGCCCGCGCCGCUCGCGAUCCUGGGCGGGGCCCCGGUAGAUGACCCUGGCGUGGUGUCUGCCCAACUUAAAGUUCAGGACGCAGAGUGCCGAGCCUUGGCCCGACAGGAGGAAGGCGAGGGUGUGUUCGUCGUGGAGAAAUCGCCCUCGCCGUCCGCACUCGUCGGCGACGACCUGUUCGAAGAUAUCUACCUAGACGACGCACGAGGGAGGCAUCGGUCAGCUGAGCCGUCGAUGAGCGAGGAUGGUUGGGUUCAAGUGGAAUGGGCGGUGAGCGAAUGAGAAAUGUGCGCGACGACUGGGUUGCUUUGUUCCUGCCUGCAAUUUUUAGUCGUUAGUUUGC